GUGGGAUAGAGGUCACGGGUCAAAUCUUACGUCGCGUCGAUGUUUGGUUUGUUUUUACGUCAUUUUGACGUCUUCUUUGUCAAUUAAGUACAUAAUCUGUGACGUUUUAGAGUUUUCAGAUCUGCUAGAAACAUCGUAAGUCAAAAUGAGCUCAGAUGGAAAGAGAAAAGACAGAGAAAGAGACGAAGACAAGUAUUCGAAGAGACAGAGACGUAAGAGCAGCAGUGACAGUGGGUCUGAUGAUGAUGACUAUGUGCCGUAUAUCCCGGUCAAGGAGAGGAGAAAACAACAGAUGGAGAGGGUACAGAAGUACAUCCAGAGCAGGACUACACUGAAGGGGCAGGAGGAGGAGAAGGAAGAGGAAAAUGAGGAGGUAGAAGAAGUUACGGCUGGACCCAAGUCCAACGUCAGUCUGCUGGACCAACAUAGUGAACUCAAGAAGAAGGCAGAAGCCAAGAAAGAGACAGCUGUGGACAAGCAACUUGCAGAGGAGGAGAAGAUUUUGGAAAGUGUGGCUCAGGCACAGGUUCUUGCCUCUGUGAAGGAAAUUGCCAAGGGUAUUACUUAUGAAGCUUCCAUGAAGACUAGUUGGACCCCACCUCGACACAUCCUACAGAUGCCGGAGAGCCGCCAUGAGAGAGUGCGGAAAAAACUGCACAUCCUGGUGGAGGGGGACGACAUCCCACCUCCCAUCAAGUCAUUUAAGGAGAUGAAGUUUCCCAGGGGGGUCAUCCAUGCCCUGAAGAAGCGGGGAAUCCACCACCCCACCCCUAUCCAGAUCCAGGGCCUGCCUGCCAUUCUGUCAGGCCGCGACAUGAUCGGCAUUGCCUUCACAGGUUCUGGGAAGACUCUGGUGUUCUGUCUGCCCAUGAUCAUGUUCAGUCUGGAGCAGGAGAAACGUCUGCCCUUCACCAAGAACGAGGGACCCUACAGCCUCAUCAUCUGUCCUUCUAGAGAGCUUGCCAGACAGACCCACCAAUUCAUCACACAUGUGGGGAAGUAUCUGGAAGCUGAUGGAAUGCCUGGCAUGAGGACAAUGUUGUGUAUCGGUGGAGAAUCUGCCAAGGACCAGUUUGAGCAGUCAAAAAGAGGUGUACACAUGAUGGUGGCCACGCCCGGCCGACUCAUGGACAUGCUGAACAAGAAGGCCUUCAACCUGGACACCUGUCGCUACCUGGUGCUGGACGAGGCUGACAGGAUGAUCGACAUGGGCUUCGAGGAGGACAUCAGGACCAUCUUCUCUUACUUCAAGGGCCAGAGACAAACCCUGCUGUUCAGUGCCACCAUGCCCAAGAAGAUCCAGAACUUUGCCCGCACGGCGCUGGUGAAGCCGGUGACGGUGAACGUUGGUCGGGCGGGUGCAGCGAGUCUGGACGUGAUCCAGGAGGUGGAGUACGUCAAACAGGAGGCCAAGAUCGUUUACCUGCUGGAGUGUCUACAGAAAACUGCUCCUCCGGUGUUGAUCUUUGCGGAGAAGAAGGCAGAUGUUGAUGACAUCCAUGAGUACCUGCUACUGAAGGGUGUGGAGGCUGUGGCCAUCCAUGGAGGAAAAGACCAAGAAGAGAGAACUCGUGCCAUUGAGGCUUUCCGGGAGGGAAAGAAAGAUGUUCUUGUGGCGACAGACGUGGCGUCCAAGGGGCUGGAUUUCCCCGACAUCCAACAUGUCAUCAACUUUGACAUGCCAGAGGACAUCGAGAACUACGUCCACAGGAUUGGUCGUACAGGCCGGUGUGGGAAGACGGGCAUCGCGACGACCUUCAUCAACAAGGCGUGUGACGAGUCUGUCCUGCUGGACCUGAAACACCUGCUGCUGGAGGCCAAGCAGAAGAUCCCGCCCGUCCUGGAGACACUCGAGUCAGAGAGCGAGAAGUACCUGGAGCUACGGGGGGAGAGAGGCUGUGCGUACUGUGGAGGUUUGGGCCAUCGUAUCACCGACUGCCCCAAGCUGGAAGCCAUGCAGAACAAGCAGGCCAGCAACAUUGGGCGCAGGGACUACCUGGCACACAACGCAGCAGACUACUGAGGCUACUGUGUACAUUAUUAUGUCACCUGGGUUAAACAUUUCUUGACAACAAUAGCCAGGGCUCGAA